AUGUCGGAAUCCAAGAAUGAACGUUCAGAGAUUUCAGAGAAUAGCAUUCCUCUCCUCGAUGUCGAAGCCCAGCGGGGGCCCAAUGACGGGGGCAAGCAAUUCGACGCCGAGCCCGUGAUCAUCUCAGCUCCCCCACCCGCCGUCACAGCGGGAGCUCGCAAGAAGUUUCUGACAUGGACCGCCAUCAACAUGCUGGCCACCAUUGGCAUUGUGUUUACCAACAAGGCCAUCUUCGAUGAUCCGAACUUCAAGCUGAUGCAGACGAGCUUUGCCUCUUUCCAUUUCAUCUGUACGGGCUUGACGCUAUGGGUGGUCUCCAGGCCGAGCAUUGGGGCCUUCGUACCGAAACGGGCUGGCUUCGUGGAGAUGCUUCCGCUGGCAUUCUCCAUGUGCCUCAACGUUGUCAUCCCAAAUCUCUCCCUCGCCUUUUCUACCGUAACAGUCUACCAACUCUGCCGCGUCCUCCUCACCCCCAUGACCGCCAUCAUCAACUACGUCUUCUUCUCCGCCACCAUCCCGCGCAACGCCGUGCUCGCCCUGAUCCCCGUCUGUAUCGGCGUAGGGAUCACCUCUUACUACGACACGAAGCCUAGCGACUCGGACGCCGUGAAAACAACCUCAAGUAUCGGCCUCUUCUUCGCCCUGUCGGGUGUCCUGGCUUCUUCAGCCUACACCGUGCUCAUCGGCGCAUACCACAAGAAGCUCGCCAUGUCCUCAUCGCAGCUCCUGCUCAACCAGGCCCCCAUCUCGUCCGCCAUGCUCAUGUUCGCGGUGCCUAUCGUGGACAAGGUCCCCGUGCUGGGCGAUGUCCCGCAGUACCGCUGGAUGAUGAUCCUGAUGUCCGGCGGCUUCGCGGCCCUCAUCAACAUCUCCCAGUUCUUCAUCAUUGCGGGGAGCGGGCCGGUGAGCAGUACGGUGGUUGGCCACUUAAAGACGGUAAGUAUUGUGAGUAUCGGGUGGGCGCUGAGCGGGCGCGGCUUGACGGAUAAGAGUGCGCUGGGGAUUGUGAUUACUGUGGCGGGGAUUGUGAUAUACUCGAACAUUAUGCUGAGUCGCGCGAGGAAGUAA